UCUGAUUUCAUGUCUCCAUUCAUUCACAGUAAACCACCUGAAACCAGAAAGGAAAUAAUAAACCAAUAAACAACAACGAUAAUAAUAAAUAAUAAAUAAGAAAAGGAUAAUAUGUUUGCUUCUUCAAGCUUCAACCUCCAGAGCCUGGGUCCCACAUCCGCAUCUUUGGUCCCGGAGCCUAAUCCCCAAACUCCACGCUCCUCCAUCUCUCUCCAUUUCGACGUCGAACCCCAACCCAAAUCCGAGUCCGACACGCAGUCUCAGUCUCGGAAGCUCAAAGGCAGCCCUCAGCUCAACCGCUGGUCAAGGGCUCGCGCCGUACGCCUCGGUCGGAAAUUGGACCGCCUCAGUCAUGGCCCACAGGCUGUGGAACUGCCCCUUCCAGCCCAGCCCAGAGAGGGUGGCGCCGAUCAAGAGCCCACCGCUCUAUCGCCAAACGACGCCGUCGGAGCCCACACGGUGGGGAAGUCCAUAUACAUGGUUUCCGAUGGAACUGGUUGGACCACCGAGCACGCCGUCAACGCGGCGUUGGGUCAGUUCGAGCACUGCUUGGUGGAUCGUGGUUGUCCCGUAAAUACCCAUCUGUUUUCCGGGAUUGAUGAUGUUGAGCAAUUAAUGGAGAUCAUAAAGCAAGCAGCUAAAGAAGGAGCUAUGAUUGUGUACACUUUAGCUGACCCGUCAAUGGCGGAGUCUGCUAAGCAAGCCUGCAAGCUAUGGGGUAUACCUUCGACUGACAUACUGGGUCCAAUCACAGAGGCUGUUGCUUCUCAUCUGGGUGUCUCUCCGUCUUGGCUUCCUCGCGGAGCUCCGGGCCGGAAUUUUCCACUAUCCGAUGAAUACUUUCGUCGGAUCGAAGCAAUUGAAUUUACCAUCAAGCAAGACGAUGGAGCAUUGCCUCAGAACUUGCACAAAGCUGAUAUCAUUCUCGCCGGCGUUUCUCGUACUGGGAAAACGCCGUUGUCUAUUUAUCUGGCGCAGAAAGGAUACAAAGUCGCAAAUGUGCCCAUUGUAAAGGGUGUUGAUUUGCCCAAGACCCUGUUUCGGGUAGACCCAGAAAAGGUUUUUGGUUUGACUAUAAAUCCCGUAGUGUUGCAAACGAUUAGGAAAGCAAGAGCUAAGAGUCUGGGAUUUAGUAACCAAAUGAGGAGUAAUUACUCAGAGAUGGAUUAUGUUAGAGAGGAACUGGGAUUCGCUCGCAUAGUUUUUUCACAGAAUCCUGGCUGGCCUGUAAUUGAGGUAACAGGAAAAGCUAUAGAAGAAACAGCAGCUGUAGUACUGAGGCUAUAUCAUGACCGCAAGCAUAAGAGCUCAAUGCCUAGGAUUUCAAAGCGAUAUUGAGAAUGGCAAGUCAUUGUUUUCACGUAUGCGGGAUGCUUAAUUGCCGCCUAGUAGGCCUUUUGUUCUUGCACACCGUCGAUAUCCCAGUUAUAUGAAUCGAACCCAAUUUGUAGAACUUUGGAUCGUACUGCAUGAAAUGAAAUUUGUCUUAUUAUCUGCUGAGAACAUAACUGAUACAAAUUGUUUCAGAUAAGAUAAGUGUUUGAGGCUAAGGUUAUUUGAAAGAGAGGGAGAAAGAGAAAAUAGUAUCCUGUUUCAUAGAUCAAAGCCUAAGGUUGAACUUUGUAAAUUGACGUCCUGAAUGGUUUGAUAUCUUUUGUUGUUUGGAUUGCACAGUUAAGCAUGAUAGGUGUAAUUUCUAAAAAAUGUAUUCUCUAUCAUUUUACUGGAAUUUUGGCCUUGUUUUGGGUGAUCAAACAUAAAUAUAAUAUUGGAUAUUCGAAUG